ACGCUCAUAUGACAGAUGAAAUCUUUUGACUUCUUCGUGUUAAUUUUCUUUCGCGUUUUCGUCAAAAGAUUUUUUUUUGUACGAGAAUACAAAGCCAGCUAUUGUUUAUAAUAAAAUGGCAUAUUGACGCUCCGCUUGCAGUUUAAAUUGUGUGUACCUUUGUAUAAAGUUCUGUGUGGUUGAAGAAACUGUAUUUGUUGUGAAAGUACUUUAAAUGUGUCCGUAAACAUGUUGUCCAGAUUUCACCACUACCAUGGUUCGAAUAUAAUUUUGUUUGAAGAGAAUACUGUCGCGUACAGAAAAGCCAGUUUCGCUCAUGGGUUAACGUUUAGCGAGAAGCCUCUAUUGCCGGGCGAAAUAUUUUUGGUUGAAAUAGAGAAGACUGAGCGCGGUUGGAGCGGUCAUAUGCGGCUCGGUCUGACCCUGCUGGACCCUCAGACAGCUGCUCUCGGAGACAAGGGCUUGCCGCAAUAUGCUCUCCCGGAUUUAGCCAACACUGGUAUGUCAUGGAUUUUCCCUAUAUCAAAGUCACAGAACAAUGUCUUGAUUGAACUUGUAAAUCAAGGAGCGAGUGGGCGACGGGAAAGUGAACCGCGUGUGUCGGUACUGGGUGAUGGCCAUAGCGUGCGAACACCUCGCGGAUUUAUAUCAAAGAUGAUCUUAAAACCACAGACACUUUCACAAAAUGGAACCCCACAGGGUAUUUUACCUAUGGACGCUGGCAGCCGAAUAGGAGUGAUGUUUGUUCCUUGCCCGAAAGUGAAUAAGGAUGAUGGAGACUUAGCAGAGAUGCAUUUUAUAAUCAAUGGAGAGGACCAGGGUCCCUGUACAAAAGCCAUACCCUAUACAAUAGGACCACUACAUGCUGUAGUAGACGUUUAUGGAACUACUAAACAAGUAAAGAUUGUACAGUUAUAUGGAGUGAAAACCCUUCAGAAUGUAUGCCGAGAUGCAAUCCUUCAAUAUGUCAAUAAUAGAUCAGUUAAGUCCUUGCCUUUGCCAAAAUGUUUAAAAGAUUUCUUACUCUCAUAAAUUGUGCAGUUUGAAAGGAAACUAGGUGAAAAUAGGACUAGGCAGUCCUACCUACCUACUUAAACAUCUUCAGUUUUCUAUUUUGUGUUCAAUGACUUUAUAUUUGGUUAAUACAGCAGCUAGCAGGCCAUUUUAUUGUAGAUUGAGGCUAUGAUGCGCCUCAAUGGAAUUGACCAGUGAAGUAAAAAAAUUGCAUUGGACUUUUGUGAAACAGUAGGCACAAAUUGCGAAGGUGAAGAAAAGAAUAUGGGAAUAUUAAUGGUAUAUAAAAUAACUGUAUAUUAUACCAGUCUGUGGUUGUAAAAAGUAAGUGGGACUCAAAAAUCUAUUUUAGAAAUGUAGGUUUUUGUAAACAAAACAAAAAGACAAUCUUGAUUAGGGCAAAACAUAAUAAAAUGCUAAAUUAAAAAAAUAAAAUGUUGUUUUUAAAUGCAAAAACUGAUUGUCUAUAGGCUUAAACUUUCAUCUGUAAUAUGUACCUAUAAUUAAGUGUUAUAAACACUUCUUAAAAUAGAGUAAGAUCCUUGUAUAGAAAGGAUUUAGAUAUUACUGAUCUGAGUAGUUGUAACAAUUAAGAAAAGUUAUAAAUCCUGCAGAGCAUAGAGGCUACGGCGAAAUUUUUAAAAUACGUAGAUAUAAUGAUAAAAAAUAUUCAAAAUAAGAGCUCAUAUAGAACAACUUGCACCUAUAAUCUAUAAGCAGUUUUGAGCAAACUUGUAUUAGAAACAUAUUUGAUUGUUAAAUGUUUUGUAGAUCGUUAUCCAAAUUCGCAAUGUAAAGGAGAAUUGUUGAGUUUCUAAUAAAAUAGGUGCUGAUUCCAGUACACACCAUCUAAUUUUAACACAGCCCGAAA